UGAGUUUCCGAGCUCUCUCUAAAAAAGCAUUGCAAGGAAAGAGGAAGGCCAGCACCUUGCUCUCUCUCCCCCAGAACUGCAGUUUGUGUGGCCUUGGUUGACGACUACUGGGAGCAGGUGUCACUCAGAGGGGCUCUUUUCUCCGGAUUGCAGCAAGCUUGGAAGGGGUUCACCUAACCUCCUCCCCAAGGAGACCCAUCGCAGGCUUCUAGGAUGAUCUGUGAAUGUUUGCUGAAAUGAGCAGCAGCUGAGAUCUCGGGAUAAAAGGUUCUGAAAAAGAAUAGCUCUUUGGUUGCAGAUAACGUCAUAUCUUCAUACUCCUGUCUCAUGUCUUGGCUCUGCUUCAUUCAACGGCAUUGAAUGUUUGCUGUGCAUGUGUAUUGUGUGGACUGUGAUCCGCCCUGAGCCCCUUUGGAGAGAUAGAGCGGAAUAUGAAUAAAGUGUUGUUAUUAUUAUUAUUAUUAUUUUGGGCUCUAGCUCUGUACCUGUAACCCUUUUCUGGACUUUGUUGUAUACUGAAUAUUUGACUCUAAAUUCUGGACUGACGUUCUGGUUUCGUUUAUGGACUGGACUUUGUUUGUAUCCCUGACUUGCUGUCUUGAUUUUGGGACUCUAAAUUCAGUUUGUACUCUUGAUAUUUGAUGAACUCUGCGUAAUGAACUCUUGGCAUAUGACCAUUGGUCUGUAACCUUGGGUCUUGUUUAUUUUUGCUCCUGACCUGGAUCUACAGUACUCGACGUGUCUGCAUUAACUGGACUCUUGACCUGCACUUGUGUUCAUUGUUCCUUCGACUGUGUGGCUCCAAUUGCAUUAUUUUUAGCCCAGUGGUUUCCAACUAGGGAUCACUUGACCAGGGACCACUCUCCAAAAUUAAUACCAAAAGGGUUACAACUCAGUUUUUGGUCAACUUUAGAUUCGGUUUGGUUAUUUGGGGUGCUGAUUCAGAAAAUGGCAUUGGAUAGACCACAUCAGCUCUAGUUCCUGAUACAGAACACAUGCCACCCAGUAGUCGCCAUCUGCUCGUCCACAGAAAACCAUAUUCAAUAAACCUCGGCACUAUAGGAGGGUUUUGCGAGACUACUCGCUCUCAUUGCAAUGGUGUAGUAAUGGUGAGGCCAUGGACCCUAUUUAAGCUCUUCCGGACCAUUGGUGGCCCACGGACCACAGAUUGGCAACCACUGUUUUAGCCGGACCAAAGACUUCAGUCUUCCUGUAAGUUAAUAUGGUCUUGGCUUAUCUUGUGUUUGUUUAAUAAACCUCAGAGUUUAUACUAGGAGAGCCCUGGAACACGAGACCAUCACUCUACAUGUGCAUUUAUCGUUGCUUACAGUGAAUCAUUUUUGGUAUUUGGGACUGUUUAAUCCCCACCUUUGGCAAAGGGUCCAUUAGGAUACACAACAUAUCUCCCUAACAGCAGGGAAUGGAAGGCAAAGAAUGAUGACAACGACUGAUGUACAUUCAUGAAUCAGUUCAGAUGGACACAUUAACUAAAUUGAUGAAGUAUAGAGUAUAGAACAGUAUUGAAAGGAAAUCGAGUAAACAGAUAAUCAUAUAGUGAGUGAGAGGUUUCUAGACUAUGGUUUGGGGUCCAUUAAUUUUGUUCUUAUUGUGCAAGGUGUGUGUCCUUGUUCCCUUUAUAUUUGUUAAGUAGUCAUUAAAAAAAAAGGUACCAAAGUUAUAAUUUGUGUAAAAAAAUAAAAUGCCAAAAUUGUAAUUUGUGUAAACAGGCUUUGAUUUGUUUUUCUUUUUCUGUGUUUGAAUAAAAUGUUUUUUUUUUUAAAUAAAAUGUGAUAGAGCAGCUUUAAAAAGCCAAUGUGAUUCUAGGCUGUACCAAUGGGAGCAUGAUGUCUAGAUCCAGGUAAGUUUUAGUUGACUCUGUGUCCAGUUCUGAGCAGCUCAAUUCAAGCAAGAGUUUGGGAUGCUAGAAUGUGUCCAGAGAAGGACUCUAGGGAAUGGCUGAGGGAGAUGAGUGUGUUUAGUUUGGAGGGGAAAAAGGCCGACGGGACAAGAGAGUCGAUAAUUGGAAGCAUGUCCCAUUGAGGAGAAAAGGGCAAGGAAUAGCAAACACAGAGCUACAGCUGAAUGUCUUGUUCUUUUCAAACAAUUAAACAUUCAUCUUCUAAGUCUAAACGUUAGCAAGGUCAUUGAAAAGUAGAGUCCAGCAGUCUCGAAAGUUUAGGACUCCCAUGCUUAGGCUUCAGGACUAGUAUUCAGGACUAAAGUUGGUUGUGGAACGCCCUCCCAAAUGAUGCCAGGGAGGCUCCCUCUCCUAUCUUUCCGCAGGAAAGUUAAGACCUGGUUGUGGGACCAGGCUUUCAAGCAAGAGCAGCAGCAUCAAUCACUACCACACCUUUUAGAACUCAAUGACAGACCCAGUUUUUAGACUCCAAAUGUGCCAGUUGUAUAUUUAUAUGUAUACUAGCUGUGCCCGGCCACGCGUUGCUGUGGCGAAGUCUGGUGGUCUGGGAAAUAAAGUAUUGAGGAAUUGGUGGUAGUUAAGGUCAAGGGUAAAGGUUUUCUCCUGACGUUAAGUCCAGUCGUGUCUGACUCUGGGGGUUGGUGCUCAUCUCCAUUUCUAAGCCAAAGAGCUGGCAUUGUCCAUAGACUCCUCAAAGGUCGUGUGGCCGGCAUGACUGCAUGGAGCUCCGUUACUUUUCGCCGGAGCAGUACCUAUUCAACUACUCUCAUUUGCGGGUUUUCGAACUUUAGGGUUGGCAGAAGCUGGGGCUAACAGUGGGGGCUCUCUCCGCUCCCCCAAUUCAAACCUGUGGCCUUUCGGUCCAGAAGUUCAGCAGCUCAGCGCUUUAACACGCUGCACCAUCAAGGGAUAUUAUUUCCUAAAGGUUGUGAAUAUACAAUAUUUUUGAUUUUUUGUGUGUGUGUUGGAGGCAAGUAUGAAUGCUGCAAUUAGGGGAAAUGAUUAGCAUGUCAUGGCCUUGCAGCUUUAAAGCCUGGCUGUUUCCUCCCUGAGUGAAUUUUUUGUUGGGAGGUGUUAGCUCGCCCUGAUGGUUUCCUGUGUGGAAUUCCCCUGUAUUCAGAGUUUAGUUCUUUAUUUAGUGUUCUGAUUUUAGAGAUUGUAUUGUUCUGUUUUAUUAUACCACAGUAAUUUUUAUAUAUUCAGAUUUCAGUGUUUUUGAAUAGUUGGAGCCAGAUUGUAUUCAUUUUCACAGUUCACAGCAAAACAAUAAUAAUAAUAAUAGUAAUAAUAAUGACUUUGGUAAUACACACUGCUUCACUCCCUUCUCAGCUUCCUUUCUGGAAGAAUCCUUUCUUGGGAGGUGUUAGCUGGCCCUGAUUGUUUCCUUUGUGGAAUUUCCAAUUUCCCUGCUUUCAGAUGUUGCUCUUUAUUUACUGUCCUGGUUUUAGAGAUUACAUUGUUCUGUAUUAUUCUAUCACAGUAAUUAUUUCAUAUUACAGUAGAAUCUCACUUAUCCAACAUUCGCUUAUCCAAUGUUCUGGAUUAUCCAACGCAGUCUGCCUUUUAGCAGGCAAUGUUUUUGUAGUCAGUGUUUUAAAUUCAUUGUGAUAUUUUGGUGGUAAAUUUGUAAAUACAGUAAUUACUACAUAGCAUUACUGCGCUGGAACUACUUUUUCUGUCAAAUUUGAUGUAUAACAUGAUGUUUUGGUGCUUAAUUUGUAUAAUGAUGACCUAAUUUGAUGUUUAAUCAGCUUUUCCUGAAUCCCUUCUUAUUAUCCAACAUAUUCACUUAUCCAACGUUCUGCCGGCCUGUUUAUGUUGGAUACGUGAGACUCUACUGUAUAUUGAUAAUCUUAUAUGAUCUGCUUAGAACUGGAUUAUAUGAAGCCCCUUCUUCACAGCUGUAUAAAAUGCACACUGAAGUGGAUUAUAUGGUAGUGUGGAGUCAAGAUAAUCCAGUGCAAAGCAGAUAAUUAUAAAUGGGUUAUAUAGCUGUGUGGAAGGGCCCUGAGUCUACACUGCCAUAUAAUUUAUUUAUUUAUUACAAUAUUUAUAUCCCGCCCUUCUCACCCAACAGGGGACUCAGGGCGGCUUACAAUAAAACACACAUAUAAAAACUAUACAAUACACUAUAAAUCAGUUUAAAAAAUUAACUUACAUAAAACAUUCAUAAAACGCAUUAUAAAAUACAGAUAGGCGUGCUCAAGUUUAAAAGACUGGGUCUGUCAAUUGAGUUCCAGUAUACAUAAUAGUAAUUAAUGCUGCUGAUUCUUAUUCGAAAGCCUUAUUCGAAAAGCCUUAUAAUCCAGUGCAAAUUAGAUAAUCUGUGGAAGAGGCCUAAGUGAGGCCUAAAUCUGCCUGUCCCCUAACUGAACCCUGGCUGUCCCUUGGCUGAGCUGGUUGCUAGGAGACCAAGUGGGCAGAGAUUAGCCCUCUUAACUGGCAGCAAUUGGAUAAAAACAAUUAUUGCUUUCCCUCUAAUUAGGACUUUAUUUUUCUUUUCUUUUUUGUUGUAUCAACCUAGAGGCGUGGAUGAUGGGUUGUGUUGUCAAAUUUCGCGGUUGGGGGGGCCUGUAGUUUUGUUGUUUUGCCGGUGCCGAUUCCAUUACUCUUUUAUAUAUAUAAAUUGCUAGCUGUGCCCGGCCACGCGUUGCUGUGGCUUAGUCUGGUGGUGUUGGUCAGUCUACAUUAAGUUGUAUUUAUGCUGUGACCUCCAUCCUUCUUUAUACUCACAUUAGUAGUAGUAUUUGAAGUCCGUUACCUUCUUCAAUUUUUGUGUUGAUUGAUAAUUGCUUGAGAUCCCUGUUGUCUUUGGUUUGUUGUUAAUCGUGAUGUCUGAUUCUGCUGAGUGCGGUUUACAUCUUAUUGUGGUACAAUAGUCUUUCGUUUGUUUUGCCUGUGUAGGUGUUUAUUAUUGUUGUUGUAGUGGUCAUGAAGGCUGGAUAAGUUAGAUGCUACUGUAUUGUUUUUUGGAGGCCCAGUGUAGCACUGACUGGCCUCUUAGCCUCAGUGCCUGGCUGCUUCUUGCCUGUGAUGGUGUUGAUUCUUAUUGUUAUUGUUGUCAUUGUUAUUAUUGUAAUUGUUUUUCUGGAGGCCAAGUGUGAAUGUAGGGAUUGGGGAGGUAGAUGAGCACUGAAUGGUCUUGUAGACUCAGUGCAUGGCUGAUUCUUGCCUGUGUAGGUGUUUAUUAUUAGUGGGUGAGUGGAUGGAUAGAUAGAGUGGGUGCUCUCCUUGUUUCCUUUAUUCCUAUGCUGUUCCCUUUCUCUGCUCCAAUCCUGAGCUCACUGAUAAGAACACACUGGUCAGAAAGGAGGGUAAAUAUAGCCGGAUCAAUGGUCUUUCUCUCUCUUUUGCUCUUGGCCUUCUGGGCAGAGAGGGAGGGCUCUUGUCCUUGGCAUUCCUUCGCUUCCCUUCCCUCCCUCCUUCCUUCAUUCUAUCCGUCCCAGCCUUUCCUGCCUGCAGAGCCAUGGAACUGGGUCAGUGGGUUGGAUGGUGGGGAAAGGGAGAAGGAAGAGGCCUCUAAUUGAAAUGCAUGGACUCCAUGCCAUGGGGUGCUGGGAUUUGUAGUUUGCAUCCAGUCUAACCCCUUUCUUUCUUUUUGUCAUGGAGGAAGAACCCACCCAAACCUCUCAGACAGAUGGUCAUCUGGUUUAGUUGUGUUGUUAUAGUCACGAUGCAUUGUUGUGAGCUUUAUGGGUCCGGAUUGUGGUUUUGUGGUGUGGUUGUGUUGUUACAACCAGGAGGCAAGGCUUUUGCAUUGUGUUGUCAAGUUUUCUAUUUCUGGGGCGUUUAGUUGUGUGCCAAGUUUCGUAUUUCUGGGGUGUUUAGUUGUGGUGUUAUAGUCACGAUGCAUUGUUGUGAGUUUUGUGGGUCCGGAUUGUGUUUUGUGGUGUGAUUGUGUUGUUACAACCGGGAGGCAAGGCUUUUGCGUUGUUUUGCCAAGUUUCGUAUUUCUGGGGUGUUUAGUUGUGGUGUUAUAGUCACGAUGCAUUGUUGUGAGUUUUAUGGGUCCGGAUUGUGUUUUGUGGUGUGAUUGUGUUGUUACAACCGGGAGGCAAGGCUUUUGCGUUGUUUUGCCAAGUUUCGUAUUUCCGGGGCGUUUAGUUGUGUUGUUAUAGUCAUGAUGCGUUGUUGUGAAUUUUGUGGGUCUAGUGUGGUUUUGUGGUGUGAUUGUGUUGUUACAACCGGGAGGGAAGGCUUUUGUGUUGUGUUGCCAAGUUUUGUAUUUCUAGGGCAUUUAGUUGUGUUGUUAUAGUCAUGAUGUGUUGUUGUGAGUUUUGUGGGUCCGGAUUGUGGUUUUGUGGUGUGGUUGUGUUGAUGUAACCGGGAGGCAAGGCUUUUGCGUUGUGUUGCCAAGUUUCGUAUUUCUGGGAUGUUUAGUUUUGUUGUUAUAGUCACUGCCCCCACAACUUUAUCCUUUUAUAUAUAUAGAUUAUAAGUAUAUACAGUAUAUUAUAUUUUUAGCAUAGCACAAUAUUAGUAUUAGGAGAAAACCUUGACUCUCUACCUAUUACAAUCUUAUUAUGUAUUAUUAUAUGUAUAUACAGUAUAUUAUCUUAUUAGCAUAGCACAAUAUUAGUAUUAGGAGAAAACCUUGACCCUUUACCUAUUACAACAUUAUUAUGUAUUAUUAUAAGUAUACUAGCUGUGCCCGGCCAUGCGUUGCUGUGGCGAAGUCUGGUGGUCUGGGAAAUAAAGUCUUGAGGAAUUGGUGGUAGUUAAGGUCAAGGGUAAAGGUUUUCUCCUGACGUUAAGUCCAGUCGUGUCUGACUCUGGGGGUUGGUGCUCAUCUCCAUUUCUAAGCCGAAGAGCCGGCGUUGUCCGUAGACUCCUCCAAGGUCAUGUGAGAUGACUGCAUGGAGCGGCGUUACCUUCCCGCUGGAGCAGUACCUAUUGAUGCACUCACAUUUGCAUGUUUUUGAACUUCUGUGUUGGCAGAAGCUGGGGCUAACAGUGGGGGCUCUCUCCGCUCCCCCAAUUCAAACCUGUGGCCUUUCGGUCCAGAAGUUCAGCAGCUCAGCGCUUUAACACGCUGCGCCAUCAGGGGAUAUUAUUUCCUAAAGGUUGUGAAUAUAAAAUAUUUAUGAUUUUUUUGUGUGUUGGAGGCAAGUAUGAAUGCUGCAAUUAGGAAAAUGAUUAGGAUGUAAUGGCCUUGCAGCUUUAAAGCCUGGCUGUUUCAUCCCUGAGUGAAUUUUUUGUUGGGAGGUGUUAGCUGGCCCUGAUUGUUUCCUGUCUGGAAUUCCCUUGUUUUCAGAGUGGUGUUGUUUGCGAUAUUUUAUGUGCUUCUACUCUCUGUGGCCCUGAGAAAACAGAGGAUUUGCCAGACUUUGAUGAUGGGAAUACUUCGUUGGAGGUGUUAGCUGGCCCUGAUUGUUUCCUGUGUGGAAUUUCCCUGGUUAUGUACUGUCCUGGUUUUAGAGAUUAUAUUGUUCUGCAUUAUUCUAUUCCAGUAAUUAUUUCAUAUUAAAGUAGAAUCUCACUUAUUUAUUUAUUUAUUUAUUGACAACAUUUAUAUCCCGCCCUUCUCACCCGAAGGGACUCAGGGCGGCGUACAAAUUGGCAACAAUUCAAUGCCUGCACAUAAUUAAAACAGCAAUGAAAAUCCAAUAAAACAAUUAAAACAAUAUAAAAAUAUAAAACAUAUAAUUAAAAUCCAUUCCAUUAUUCAACAUUCACUUAUACAAUGUUCUGGAUUAUCCAACGCAGUCUGCCUUUUCAUAAUCAAUGUUUUUGUAGUCAGUGUUUUAAAUUCAUUGUGAUAUUUUAGUGGUAAAUUUGUAAAUACAGUACAGUAGAGUCUCACUUAUCCAACAUAAACGGGCUGGCAGAAUAUUGGAUAAGCGAAUAUGUUAGAUAAUAAGGAGGCAUUAAGGAAAAGCCUAUUAAACAUCAAAUUAGGUUAUGAUUUUACAAAUGAAGCACCAAAAUAUCAUGUUAGACAACAAAUUUGGCAGAAAAAGUAGUUCAAUACACAGUAAUGCUAUUAUAGUAAUUACUGUAUUUAUGAAUUUAGCACCAAAAUAUCACGAUAUAUUGAAAACACUGACUACAAAAAUGCAUUGGAUAAUCCAGAACAUUGGAUAAGCGAGUGUUGGAUAAGUGAGACUCUACUGUAAUUACAACAUAGCAUUACUACGCAUGGAACUACUUUUUCUGUCAAAUUUGUUGUAUAAUAUGAUGUUUUGGUGCUUAAUUUGUAUAAUCAUGACCUAAUUUGAUGUUUAAUCGGCUUUUCCUGAAUCCCUUCUUAUUAUCCAACAUAUUCACUUAUCCUGCCGGCCUGUUUACGCUGGAUAAGUGAGACUCUCUCCGGGUCUGCCCGGAGACCGGUGACGACGCGGCAGGAGCCCGAUUCCCAUUGGCGGUCCCGGGAAUGACCGUUAACGGCAGAACGGCGAAGGAAAGGGCCGGGGGAGAGUCUGCCCGGAGACCGAUGACGUCGGAGAGGAAGGCGAAUGCCCAUUGGAGGAAAAGAAAGGAGGAGCGACUCUGCCUGUCUGUGUCGGGCUCCGUUCAAGUGCCGCGAAGCCCCGCCCCUCUGUGGGCAUCCUGCCCGCGGCCGCCAUGUUAGGUCCGGGCGGGAGUCCACCGAGGAAGGGAGGCCUCUUCCUAGAGAGGCUGAGGACGAGUGGGGGCGGGUGAGCGCACUUCCGGAGGAGGAAGAGAGAGCGAGCGAGCGAGUGCGGGAGACCAAGGAAGAAGAGAGCGGAGGAGGGUAUUUAUUCCUCGCCCCGAAGGGGACUCAGAGCGGCUUUACCGAACACACACACGGCAAACAUUCAGUGCCUGAUUCUACAAUUAAGAAGGACAGACGACACAGACAGAGGUAACUUCUGAACAAGUUACGCGAAGAACACCUUGUGAGAGCUUUGCCCGAGGAGUGAUCUAAGUCUAAAGUGACUUCAAAAUACACAGCAAUGACAAAAAGAAGAAAGAAGUAGUAGAAAAAUAUAUUUCAAGCUGCAUACCUAUGCAAUUAAGGGGAGGAAAUAAGAUUGUGCUGAAAAAAGAUAGGCUUGGAAAAGCAAGCAGAAGGCUACAGAAACACAGACUGUGCUGUUUGAAAGGUUAUAUCUGUGAACCCCUGGCAUGAUAUUUGAAUUAUAAAUGUAAAAGAAUGGCAAGUCCUCUACCUCCCUAUCCUAGAUCACACACAGGGGAGAAGUUACAUCAGUGUGUGGAAUGUGGGAAACAAUUUGAUAGGAAACGUUCUCUUACUGUACAUGAACGGACCCACACAGGGGAGAAGCCCUAUAAAUGCAUGGAAUGUGGAGGAAGCUUCAGUCACAGUGGCAGUCUACGUUCCCAUCAAAGGACCCAUACAGGGGAGAAGCCAUAUAAAUGCAUGGAAUGUGGAGGAAGCUUCAGUCACAGUAGCAAUCUACGUUCCCAUCAAAGGACCCACACAGGGGAGAAGCCAUAUAAAUGCAUGGAAUGUGGAAAGAGCUUCAGUCAGAGUGGCCAUCUACAUUCCCAUCAAAUGACCCACACAGGGGAGAAGCCACAUAAAUGCAUGGAAUGUGGAGAAAGCUUCAGUCACAGUGGCAGUCUACGUUCCCAUCAAAGGACCCAUACAGGGGAGAAGCCAUAUAAAUGCAUAGAAUGUGGAGAAAGCUUCAGUCACAGUGGAAGUCUACAUUCUCAUCAAAGGACCCACACAAGGGAGAAGCCAUAUAAAUGCAUGGAAUGUGGAAAGAGCUUCAGUCAGAGUUGCCAUCUGCGUACCCAUCAAAAGACCCACACAGGGGAGAAGCCACAUAAAUGCCUGGAAUGUGGAGAAAGCUUCAGUCACAGUGGAAGUCUACGUUCCCAUCAAAGGACCCACACAGGGGAGAAGCCAUAUAAAUGCAUGGAAUGUGGAGAAAGCUUCAAUCAGAGUUGCAAUCUGCGUACCCAUCAAAGGACCCACACAGGGGAGAAGCCAUAUAAAUGCAUGGAAUGUGGAAAGAGCUUCAGUCAGAGUUGCAGUCUGCGUACCCAUCAAAAGACCCACACAGGGGAGAAGCCACAUAAAUGCAUGGAAUGUGGGGAAAGCUUCAGUCACAGUGGCAGUCUACGUUCCCAUCAAAGGACCCACACAGGGGAUAAGCCAUAUAAAUGCAUGGAAUGUGGAAAGAGCUUCAGUCAGAGUUGCAGUCUGCGUACCCAUCAAAGGACCCACACAGGGGAGAAGCCACAUAAAUGCAUGGACUGUGGAAAAAGCUUCAGUCACAGGGGAAGUCUACAUUCCCAUCAAAGGACCCACACAGGGGAGAAGCCAUAUAAAUGCAUGGAAUGUGGAGAAAGCUUCAGUCAGAGUUGCAAUCUGCAUACCCAUCAAAAGACCCACACAGGGGAGAAGCCACAUAAAUGCAUGGAAUGUGGAGAAAGCUUCAGUCACAGUGGCAGUCUAUGUUCCCAUCAAAGGACCCACACAGGGGAGAAGCCAUAUAAAUGCAUGGAAUGUGGAGAAAGCUUCAGUCGCAGAGGCAGUCUACAUUCCCAUCAAAGGACACACACAGGGGAGAAGCCACAUAAAUGCAUGGAAUGUGGAGAAAGCUUCAGUCACAGUGGAAGGCUACGUUCCCAUCAAAGGACCCACACAGGGGAGAAGCCAUAUAAAUGCAUGGAAUGUGGAAAGAGCUUCAGUCAGAGUUGCAAUCUGCGUACCCAUCAAAGGACACACACAGGGGGAGAAGCCACAGAAAUGCAUAGAAUGUGAAGAAAGCUUCAGUCGCAGUGAUAAUCUACGUUCCCAUCAAGGGAUCCACACAGGAGAAAUCACCUUAAUGCACGGAAUAUGAAAAGUGCUUUAGAGAAAGUGAAGCAUACAUUAGACAUCACAGAACUCAUGCUCCGCUAGAGGGAGCAUUUGAGUUUCUGCGCUGUCUCUAAAAAGCAUUGGAAGGAAAGAGGAAGGACAGCACCUUGCUCUCUCCUCCAGAACUGCAGUUUGUGUGGCCUUGGUUGACGGCUACUGGGAGCAGGUGUCACUCAGAAUGGCAGCAAGCUUCGAAGGGGUUCAUCUAACCUCCUCCCCAAGGAGACCCAUCACAGGCUUCUAGGGUGAUCUGUGAAAGUUUGCUGAAAUGAGCAGCAGUUGAGAUCUCUGGAUAAAAGGUUCUUUAAAAAAGAAAGCUCUUAGCAGGGGGUCCUGCUUCUUAGCAGGGGGUCCUGCUUCUUAGCAGGGGGUUGGACUAGAUGGCCCAUGUGGUCUCUUCCAACUCUACUAUUCUAUGAUUCUAUGAUUCUAUUUGGUUGCAGAUAACAUCAUAUCUUCAUACUCCUGUCACAUGUCUUGGCUCUACUGCAUUCAAUGGCAUCGAUUGUUUCCCAUGCAUGUGUACUGUAUGUACCGUGAUCCAUCCUGAGUCCAUUUGGGGGGAUAGGGCAGAAUAUAAAUAAAGUGUUACAGUAGAAACUCACUUAUCCAAGCCUCACUUAUCCAAGCUUCUGGAUAAUCCAAGCCAUUUUUGUAGUCAAUGUUUUCAAUAUAUCGUGAUAUUUUGGUGCUAAAUUCGUAAAUACAGUAAUUAUAACAUAACAUUACUGCAUAUUAAACUACUUUUUCUGUCAAAUUUGUUGUAUAACAUGAUGUUUUGGUGCUUAAUUUGUAAAAUCAUAAUCUAAUUUGAUGUUUAAUAGGCUUUUCCUUAAUCCCUCCUUAUUAUCCAAGAUAUUCGCUUAUCCAAGCUUCUGCCAGCCUGUUUAGCUUGGAUAAGUGAGACUCUACUGUAUUAUUAUUACUGCCCCUUGGUUAAAAUUUUGGGCUCUAGCCCUGUACCUUUCACCCUUUUCUGGACUUUGUUGUAUCCUGAAUUGUUGACUCUAAAUUCUGGACUGACGUCCUGGUUUCGUUUAUGGACUUGGACUUUGUAUCCCUGACUUUCUGGCUUGACUUUGGGACUCUAAAUUUGGUUGUACUGUUGAUUUCUUGAUUGUUAUUUGAUGAACUCUGCUGAAUGAACUCCUGGCAUGUGA